AUGAGGCCGCUUUUAGCUGAAAAUCCGGACAUCGUCAUUGGGACCCCUGCACGCGUUAUUUCUCAUCUAAGAUCCGGACACUUUCGCCUGAGAGAUCUUAAACACUUGGUCGUUGAUGAAGCGGACCUCGUGUUCGCCUUCGGCUACCAGGCUGAGAUGCAAGAACUAAGGCAGUAUUUUCCUGAUCGUCAUAUUCAGGUCACUUUACUUUCCGCCACGUUAGACGAUACCACGAAGAUUCUCCGACGCUGCCUCGUUAAAGGCGGUGACUGGGUCCGUGUUGAGCUACCAGAAGAACAGUACCUUCCUUCUGAAGCACAGCUUACCCAAUACAUCAUAAGUGUCGAGGAGGAUAACAAAUACACGAUCCUGAUCGCACUACUGAAGCUGGGACUCGUUAGAGGCAAAACCCUCAUAUUUUCUAACUCAGUAGAUCGCUGUUUCAAAUUGCGCCUUUUCCUUGAAGAAUUCGGUAUCCGAGCUGCUUUAUUGAACUCUGAACUUCCUGUUAGCUCUCGCUGUCAUACCAUCGACCAGUUCAAUCGCGGCGUUUAUGAUUACUUACUGGCAACUGACGAAAACCAAACAGAUUUGGACGUAGGCGUCACGACUGGGCCUAAAAGAGUACGACGCAGGGAUGCAGAAUACGGCGUUUCGCGUGGGAUCGACUUUCAACUGGUGUGCAACGUGAUCAACUUCGAUUUUCCAUUGACUCCAUCCAACUACGUGCACCGUGUCGGUAGGACUGCCAGGGCUGGCCAAAUGGGAACCGCUUUAUCUUUUGUGAACAAGACUGAGGAAAAACUAUUGAGUUCGGUUGAGAGACUCCUGAAUCCAGCUGGAGAGGCCGCAUGCGGUACAGAAUUUUCAGAAACGAAAGCACAUUCGAUCUUUAAGCCUUAUCAAUUUCGGUUGGAGGAAGUGGAUGGAUUUCGUUACCGGGCUCAUGAUGUCGUUCGUCGCAUAACGCGCAAAGUGGUGAGAGAAGCGCGCCUGAAGGAGAUCAAACUUGAGUUGCUAAAUUCGGAACGGCUAAAGGGAUACUUUGAGGACCACACUCCCGAUUUAGAAGCACUGAGGCAUGAUAAGCCACUUUCUCGCCUCCAGCAGCCACAUUUGAAGGAUAUUCCUGACUACUUGGUACCACCAUCGUUACGCACCCUGAUGCCAAAUUUUCCCGGAAAACGGAGGAAUCGCUGGCGAAAAGCCAACUUAAACGUCGGCUCCACAGAAAAACCGAAAAACACCAACAUUCGUCGCUCAAAGAAAAAGGCACAAGCUUGUUCGUUGCAAGCGAAGCACAAAUAUGCCAAAAAACGCAAAGCACAAGAUCCACUGUUUUCAUUCAAGCGGAAAAAAACUCGUGUGCAAUUAUGUACAGUAUGA